CAUGACACAUUUUCAAAUAUGGCCCAACAUUAACAAGUUCUGUAAAUUUUAGUUUGAUUCCAAAAGUAGAUAAACCAGCCUAAUCAUUAUGGAAGAAUCAGAAAUAGUGCAAUCUCCGAAAGAGCCUAGCGUAAAGUCACAAAAUGAUCCAAGUAUCAGAUCUCAACCAGCCUCCAUAGUACAAGAACUUGCAUCAAUAAAAGAGUCACCGUUACGAUUACCUACAGGUUCUUUACAAAGGUCUCCAAUAGUGUCUUCUCCGAAAGCAAUGACACCGCCGGCACCCAUCGGCUCCAUUCAAAGUACAAGUUCCAGACAAGGAUCCUUGAAAAGUGUAAGAAGUUACAAAAGCCCGUCGCCUAAAAGCCCUUCACCUAAAAGCCAGUCACCCAAAAACUCGUCACCUAAAAGCUCGUCACCCCUACUACAGCCUGAACAGAAAAGUCUAAGCGCAAAAUCGAACAAUGAAGAAAAUAUUGAUGAUACCAUUGCAACUUUUGAACCGCAAAGUCAAAAUAUAAGUGAACAUAUUGAUGAAUUAUCAAAUACUAUUAAAACACUAGCAAAAGAUCUCAAAAGCCCACAGUCACCGAAAUUAUCUACAGGCAGCAACAUAGACAAAAUUGCUGAAAUGAGCCAACAACUGACGAAUGAAGCCAACGCGCUAAGAAAGUCCAUCAAGAGUCUGUCGCAGGAUAUUGCUAAAACCAAAAAUGAAAAGAACAUAAACGUGAAUUUCCCUUAUCAUCUAUUCUUAAUAGAAAUUGUUGUUAACAAGAUUCACAUGAAAUGCGAAUGUUUUGAAAUAGAUUACAAUAAUUUAGUAAUCUCAGCUAGUUUUUUAGGGAAACAGCCUAUAGUGUUGUAUGAUCCCUCUUACGGAAAAAUUGAGAAUUUCAGUAAACUAAACGUGGGGAAGUCUACUCUUUUCGCUAUGACCUACGACAAAAUAUGCUGCAUUAAGAAGUUCGACAUCAUAAUUCAGUUAACGAAGCAACCCCCGUGUUCGGAAUGCGUCACGAAAAUCGGCGAAACUCGCAUGGACUAUAUGAAAGAAUUUGUUACCCUGAGAGAAGACCUCUGCAAGAAAUGGUCGGAAGAGAAACCCAAUGACAACAUACAGUGUACAACUUCCACGCAACUAUCUAAGAACAUGUAUUACUUGUCAUGUAGUGAUGAUGAAAAUCAUGAUCCUAUAGGUAUCAUUGAAGUUUCGGUGCGCAUGUCCUUUCUUGGCAAAGAGAUCACUACAGCAUUUUGUUCUUCACCAAAACCGCAGACUGCGUCUUUUUUACUAAAACAAGAUAACGGAAUGACUAUGUAUUCGUGCCAGAAAGUAGAAAUGGACGAACAAGGGAAAAUACUUCUGGAUGAAGAUGUUAUGACAAAAAAGGGAUCGUCAAGAAAUGUUCCAAAUAGACAUAGCAGCAGAAGAUCGGAGAGUCCGAUUUCUCAGCUAUCUAGUAUAGAAUCGUCAAAACGUUCAUAUUAUGAUCGAUGUCCUGUAACGUAUCCAAACAAUCAAGAUGGAAUGCCUAAAUAUGACGAAAUUUUCACCAAAAUGAAUGCCAAUGAGCUCAAAAUAAGGGUUCCUAAGAGUACAAAAGUAGAGCGAAUGGGAAAAUACGAUAAAAUUCAAGAAUUGUGUUCCUGCGAAAGUACUCCCUACAACACAGGGGAACAAAUACAAUUCGAGCUCCCAAGAGAUGGCACAUAUCCUAAUAAAUAUGGCACUCACACUUCAAAUCUGAAAUACACAUACACUGGCUGUGAUAAUCGUAAAAAUGUUGAUAAAGACAGGAAAAUCAUAAAUGUCACUCCAAGUAAUUGUCCAGUCCCAGUUGAUAUGGAAAAAAUGGUUCAUCCCAAUAAGGAUGUUUUCAUAUUGAAAAUUGGGAAAAAAUUAGAGACGAAGGAUAAAAAGACAGAUCUUGAAAUAGAAUUUGUAUCCCCAAAGGCACCAUCUGAUCAGCCAAAACCUAUUGAUAAUGCCCACAUUUCACAGCAGUGCAGUACUGGAGAGUUGAAAGAUGGUAAACCCGCAGGAAAAAAGAAAAAAGGAAAGGGGAAAGGGAAGAAAGAAAAGUCGAAAAAGAAAGGAAAAGCCAAAAAGAAGAAAUAAAUUUAUUUAUGUAUCAACACCCCAACUGCUAUCCCGUUACAUGCAUUGAAAGAGCUGAAUUUUAUUAUAUCGUAUCCGUUAAUAUAGCCAUGAGUCUUUAGAAAAUAAAGUUGUUCCUUAUCUGUA